UCAAACCUCCGAGUUCCAGUAGAUUCCUCUGGCAUCGGUUUCAUUUUCCUUCUCUUCCAAGCUCUGCUGCUUUUCUGAUCGGAAUCAGUGAACGCCAUGGAAUACGAUUUCAGGAACAGAACAGGACCUCCUUACGAUACACAAUCGCCGAUGUACGGCAGGGCAGCUACCGGAGCUCCACAUCCACAUCCGAACCCACAGCCACAUCCAAUGUACGGACAAGCUCCCGGACUCUAUCCUAGGCCUGGUCAACACUCCGGCGGCCGGAACCCUCCUUUCCAUCACACGCCUCCUCCGUCUUCAAACACUGGAAUUGGCAUCAGAGUUGCUAUUAAACCCGAAUAUCGGAUUACACCUCCGCCUCAAUUGUCAACACAAGUGGGAGAAAUUCCCCGAAGCACAUUCAACUUUGAUUUUGACCUUGAGAAAAAGAUUUUGGCUGAAGCAGAAAAGGAAAGCCAGAACUGGAGCAGGCUAGGGCUGGAAAAUCUUCCACCUAGAAUGCCAGAACAAACUAACAUGGGAUACACUGGAGAUCCUAUGAUGAACAAAUACGCAACAUCUGGUUUCAAUAGAGAGGCUGUGGCAAUAGCAGUUGCAAAUUAUGGAGAUAAUCCUAUCAAGGUCAAGGAAUUUGUGGAGGGAUAUACUCUCUUGAAGGAGAUGGGAUUCUCAUCUAACAGUGUUGCAGAUGCUUUACUGAUGAAUGACAACGAUAAAGAUAAGGCAGCAGCUCAAUUGCUUGGCAAUUCAUCAUAAUAAUUUUAUUGAGCAUGUAAUGUAAUGAAUGUGUCAAUACAUUAUAAUUCAAACCUUAUAAUUCCAUUGUAAAUGUAUGUUU